AUUCUCCAUAGCAUCUACAGCCUCGUGUAUCGUACAGCCCAUAUACUAUCGCAGGUUACCCAGUAAAUUACCGGACUUCUUCUACUACACACAAGAACUUCUAUCGAGUUUUAUACGCUCUCCCCAGACCUACCUCGAUCGAUUAAUUACUCGCCUUAACCGCAACCAUGAUUACCGACGGCCAGCUCUAUCAACUAGCCAUCUUCUUCGGCGUCGCGGCAAUGCUUCUCAUCCUCGUCUACCACUUCCUCGAAGUCAACGCCCCGAAAAACACAGCUGCAAGUGGGAAGGAGGGAGCUUCAAAGUCGCUAUGAUCGCGCAUUCGCGACGAUUGUGCAUUCUAUAAUUUCACGAAUGGGGAUAUCCAAUUUGCAGAAAAGUACUGCCCGGCGUCUAGGAGAACUCUUCGAAAGAUCCAACCACGUAUCCACAACAAAGAGCUUGGGCUCAACAUGACGAGAUCAGGGGCUGUAUAGAACCAUUGUUGGACGGGACUCGAUUAUAUCCAAUACAGCGUUGAACAAUUGCUACCC